AUGGCCCAACUCAAUAGAGUUGAGAUUCACUACGCGCGACCUUUCAACUCAACGAAAGAAGCCAAAAGUCUGUCCAAUUUUUUGUGGGUGAACUCUAGGAGGAUGAAAUCGCUCCCUCUCAACCAAGUUGCCACUGGUCAUAACGGAAUUACUAGAAAAUGGCCCAACUUGGAGAAUUAUUCCCAAAGUAUACGAAACAGUAUUCAGGGGGCCCUGUUAUCAUCAGAAGAUCACGCGUCGGUGACAAAUACGCGUGACUGUUUAACAGUUAAAAUGUUAAGAAAUGUUAAAAAGUUUAAAGUUUCUGAGAGUACUUCUGCGUAUCACAAAUUUUUUAAAACAACUGAGGCAUCGAAAUGGAAUUUCUCCAAAUUUAUUUCAUUCUUGAUUGACAUCGACGACGAUGAAGCGAAGCCUAUAUUUGCAGAGAAGAUUUGGCAAACGAGUAUAUCAAAGUUAUCACACAACAAUUCAGCGGAAAAUAACUGCACAGCGAUACAAAAUGCGCUCAAAAGCCUCAAGGAGUUUUUUUCCUCCAAGCUCAUAUUUCAGCCUAAAAUCUCAUUAGCUAGACACGUCUCUGAGACAUCCAGAAUACUUUAUUCUACCGCAAUAUCUGGAAAGCGCGAUCGUGUAUUUGCUUCAUACAUGAUGUCAGAAGAACCGUGUCCAAAAGUUCAGAAAGUAGAUCAUGAUGUCCAGAAAGAUGACCUUUUUUCUGGUCCAUCUAAAGAACAUGAAAAUGAUACGGAGAAAGGAGAAAUAGAUUUUUCGAUAGCUGACGCUCUCCCUCCACAAAAUACUUCCAAUUCAAAUUCAUCUACAUUAGGUGGUUCCGAUGCUUUGGAUCUCUUUAGUCCAAUAAUGACUGAUGUUAUACAAAAGGAGGAUUCCUAUUUUCAGGAACUAUCAUUAGUCGAGGAGAACUUGAUCAUCGAAAAACUUACUAAAAGUAAAAAUAGUAUUGUAAGGGAUGAAAAUGGAAUUAGACUGAGACAAGGAAAAUAUGCAAUCACUUUUGAAAAGUAUAGCGAGUCCAUUAAGGAUGCCAGCACCGGAUAUUAUGUCGAUCUAAAUAAAGUCAAGACUACUAUCAGUCAAAGCCCGUUUGUAGAUCAACAUUCAUAUUUAUUUGUAAGAGACUGGCCUCUUCGAUGGGCCCAACAAUUAUACACUGCUUUCUUAACGUGUUUCCAAACCCCUAUCAACCCUCUCAAUGAUGCCGAUGCAAGUGAAUAUGCAUAUAAGAGUCAGCUUAUAAAUCAUUUUUGGGAGGAUGUUUUCUUUGAUGUAAAUUGUGUAAUCCAAAUGAAAACAGGUGAGGUUGAGAAUGUUGACCGGAGAAACCAACUAGGUCUCGCGAGAAAUCCAGAUGAUCGUAGAUCAAAUGUUGGUAGUUGUUAUCACGAUGCUAUAUUAAUCAUGAAAGUUGGAGAUAAGGAUAUUCAAGUAGCAUUUGGAGAAGUUGUUGGAAAUGCAUUCAAACACGAUGACACGAAAUUGUAUGAAGAUCGAGAGAAAAUACUUAAAGGUAAAUUGAAAAAAUUACUUCCUGAAAAAGAUCCAGGUCUUGAGGAUUUAGAAACUUUCGGAUUGCUAGUUUAUAUCGAUGGAAUAUAUCUCAUUGAUCAAUUUAGUGGAUUCACAAUUCCCGAUACUCCUUUACAUUUAGGAAAUCUACCCGAUAUCAUUCAUGUAAUGAUUAUGUUUAAGCAUCGCGUUAUGAAACUACGAUAG